AUUCUGAAGAUUCCGACCGUGUGGAACACAACCCCAAACCAAACCUACCCAAAUAUUCCAAUCAGCGAAGAGAAACUUCUCGAACCAACCAGAAGCCAAGCCUGUGAACACUUUCCGCGAAUAUCCAGGGGAUCAUCUGAACCGUUCGUGACGGGAAAUCCAACGGCGGAAAAUCCAAGAUACGAACCUUCUGGAACCCAAUCAAAACAAUAUAAAAAUCUCAGUUCCCUUCCCCUCUCGCAGGUAAUCCAAACCCUAGUUGCAGCAGCUAUUCGUUUUUGUUUCCAUUAUUUUCUUUUGAGAAUUUUUAGCCCUCGAUUCUUUGAUACAUUAAAGCGAGAGCAAUGGCCGGAAAAGGAGAGGGACCGGCAAUCGGAAUCGAUCUUGGAACGACAUACUCGUGUGUCGGAGUAUGGCAACACGAUCGUGUGGAGAUCAUUGCCAAUGAUCAAGGCAACCGGACGACGCCGUCUUACGUUGCAUUCACCGACACUGAGCGUUUGAUCGGCGAUGCGGCCAAGAACCAGGUUGCCAUGAACCCUAUUAACACAGUAUUCGACGCCAAGCGUUUGAUUGGAAGAAGGUUCACUGAUGCCUCAGUCCAGAGUGAUAUUAAGCUCUGGCCAUUCAAGGUUAUUUCUGGCCCCGGUGACAAGCCAAUGAUUGUAGUUAGCUACAAGGGUGAGGAUAAGCAGUUUGCUGCAGAGGAAAUCUCUUCUAUGGUUCUCAUGAAGAUGCGAGAAAUUGCUGAGGCUUACCUUGGUUCUGCAGUGAAGAAUGCAGUCGUUACUGUCCCUGCUUACUUCAAUGAUUCUCAGCGUCAGGCCACCAAGGAUGCAGGAGUUAUUGCUGGCCUCAACGUUAUGAGAAUCAUCAAUGAACCAACUGCCGCUGCCAUUGCUUACGGUCUUGAUAAGAAGGCUACCAGUGUUGGGGAGAAGAAUGUUCUCAUCUUUGAUCUUGGUGGUGGCACUUUCGAUGUGUCGCUCCUUACCAUUGAAGAGGGUAUCUUUGAAGUGAAGGCCACUGCUGGAGAUACCCAUCUUGGAGGAGAGGACUUUGACAACCGAAUGGUGAAUCAUUUUGUUCAGGAGUUCAAGAGGAAGCACAAGAAGGAUAUCAGUGGAAAUCCCAGAGCUCUAAGGAGGCUGAGGACUGCCUGUGAGAGGGCGAAGAGGACCCUCUCAUCCACUGCUCAGACCACCAUUGAGAUUGAUUCUUUGUACGAGGGUGUUGAUUUUUACUCCACCAUCACUCGUGCCAGGUUUGAGGAGCUCAACAUGGAUCUCUUCAGGAAGUGUAUGGAACCUGUUGAGAAGUGCUUGAGGGAUGCCAAGAUGGACAAGAGUACCGUCCAUGAUGUUGUACUUGUUGGUGGGUCUACUAGAAUCCCCAAGGUGCAGCAGCUGUUGCAGGACUUUUUCAAUGGGAAGGAGCUGUGCAAGAGCAUUAACCCAGACGAGGCUGUUGCUUAUGGGGCCGCCGUCCAAGCUGCUAUUUUGAGUGGUGAGGGUAAUGAGAAGGUGCAGGAUCUGUUGCUCCUGGAUGUCACCCCCCUUUCACUAGGGUUGGAGACUGCAGGAGGUGUCAUGACUGUGUUGAUCCCAAGAAACACGACCAUUCCCACUAAGAAGGAGCAAGUAUUCUCUACUUACUCUGACAACCAGCCCGGUGUGUUGAUUCAGGUGUACGAGGGUGAAAGAACGAGGACUAGAGAUAACAAUUUGUUGGGUAAAUUUGAGCUCUCUGGCAUUCCUCCAGCUCCCCGGGGUGUUCCUCAAAUCACAGUUUGCUUUGAUAUUGAUGCGAAUGGUAUCUUGAAUGUUUCUGCUGAAGACAAAACCACAGGGCAGAAAAAUAAGAUCACAAUCACGAAUGACAAGGGAAGGCUUUCCAAGGAGGAGAUUGAGAAGAUGGUCCAGGAGGCUGAGAAGUACAAAUCUGAAGAUGAAGAGCACAAGAAGAAGGUUGAAGCAAAGAAUGCAUUGGAGAACUAUGCCUACAACAUGAGGAACACAGUGAAGGAUGAGAAGAUUGGGUCGAAGCUUACGGCUGCAGACAAGAAGAAGAUUGAGGAUGCGAUAGAGCAAUCCAUCCAGUGGCUGGAUGGGAAUCAGCUUGCGGAGGCAGAUGAGUUUGAGGACAAGAUGAAAGAGCUGGAGAGCAUCUGCAACCCAAUCAUUGCCAAGAUGUACCAGGGAGCUGGUCCUGACAUGGCUGCUGGAAUGGACGAGGAUGGUGCCCCUUCCACUGGUGGGAGUGCUGGUGCUGGACCUAAGAUUGAGGAAGUUGAUUAAACAAAAAAAAGACUCUGUUUAUCAUAUGUUAAGUCUUCAAAAUCUUCCCUUUGGGUUUAUGGUUUUUUGUUUUAAAAAAAAAUAUAUAUUUUCUUCCGUUUUCCCAGUUCUUAUGGCUUAUAAUUGUACGGUGACAUUCUUGGGGAGAGCUCCGAAAUAUUCGAGUAAUUUUUACUGUCCA